AUGGGAACUGAGUAUUCGCCUAAGAACAUCCUCAUCACUGGAGGUGCAGGCUUCAUUGGCUCUCAUGUGGUGAGCCUGCUGGUCAACAAGUACCCGGACUACAAGAUCGUCAACUACGACAAGCUGGACUACUGCUCCUCCCUCAAGAACAUCGCCUCUCUGCAGUCCAAGCCCAACUACCGAUUUGUCGAGGGCAACAUUCUCUCGGCUGAGCUGGUCAGCUUCAUCUUGGAGGAGGAGCAGAUCGACACCAUUGUCCACUUCGCGGCGCAGACUCACGUGGACAACUCGUUCGGCAACUCCUUCCAGUUCACCGAGACCAACGUGUUGGGCACCCACGUCCUCCUGGAAGCCGCCAAGCUGGCCGGCAUCAAGCGGUUUAUCCACGUGUCCACCGACGAGGUCAAGGGGGAAAACGAGGCACUCACCACUCACCACUCACCACUCACUCUCGUGGUAUCCGUGAGGCAAAUCGGCGCAGACAACAUCUUGGAGCCCACCAACCCCUACGCGGCGAGCAAAGCUGGUGCUGAGCUUGUUGUUCGCUCCUACCACCGCUCCUUCAACCUGCCCGUCAUCAUCACCCGGUCCAACAACGUGUAUGGGCCGCACCAGUUCCCCGAAAAGAUCAUCCCCAAGUUCAUCUCCCUACUGCGUCGAGGAAGGAAGUGCUUCAUCCACGGUAGUGGAAGCAACAAGCGCAACUACAUCUUUGCCGGAGACGUGGCUGCUGCUUUCGAUGAGAUCAUCCACCGCGGGGUCGUUGGCAAGGUCUACAGCAUUGGCUCCGAGGACUGCUACUCCAACCUCGACGUGGCUCGUCGUUUGCUCAAGGCGUUCGGCCUGGAAGACCAGGAGAGCGAAUACCUCGAGUAUGUCGAAGACCGAAUGUUCAACGAUCUGAGGUACUGGAUCGACGGCUCUGAAAUGCAGAAGCUCGGGUGGAAGCCCGAAGUGUUGUUCGAGGAGGGGCUCGCCAAAACCAUCGAAUGGUAUCAGCACCCGGACCACUGGAACAACUGGAUCGCCUCCGUGGACUCCGCCCUGGUCGCUCACCCCAGAGUUGGGUCAGAACUUCUCCCUCCGCCUCGCAAGCAGCAGCAGCAGCAAUUGACAAAGCCUCCCCACCACCCACCCACCCACAACAGGCAAAACUUGUGA